CAUGCACAGCCACAAACGGCCAACAUCCAUACAUCAUCAUUGAACUGCGCCCGUUCUACUUGUAGUGUCACAGCAGUACCACCACAAACAAAGAUCCAUCAAAUCUCUACUGCCCGCUUCGAAGUUAAGACUAGAUACUUGCUUCCAGUACUCAGUCUCCAGAGUCAUCAUGUUCAAAAAGUUGAAAGACAAGAUCAAGGGUGAUGACAGUUCCACAAGACCUUCAUACGGGACGGAUGACCACAACCAGAACUCGAAUAAUCCUUAUUACAACUCGCCCCAAGAACAACAACACAACAUAGCGCCAACGGAAAAGUACCAAGCCCCUCCUGGCCCGCCACCAAACCAGGCUUCAUCAUCGUCCAAGUCUGAGUACUCUGCACCUCCAGGACCCCCACCACACCACGGAUCUUCGUCGUAUACUGCUCCUCCCGGACCUCCGCCUAAACGCGAGUCCUCAGGCUACGCACCUCCAGCGGGACCGCCUCCUUCGUACCCGCAGCAACCGCCUCCUAGUUGGGAUCCUCCGCCAUACCACGAUUGGACCGUCAUCCCUGACACUUCACUUUUGCCUCCGCCACCGUCGAUGGGCUACGAUAGUUCCCCUACUGCCAACGCGUCUACCGAGGAAGGUGAUCGUGCCUUGGCUUGGACGAACAUGAACCCAUUAUGGCCACCACAAAAUCUCCAGCCCAGCACUCAUGCUGCGAUUCAGAACGGUCAGCUCGCUUUGUUGAAGGCGCCAUCUUAUCUGGGUGAUCUACUUCCUCAACCUCAAGCUGGGCAUUGGCGGUGUCGCACCCAUGCCAAGUGCAGAGACUCAAGCGUCCUCACGAAUCUACCCAUGUAUAGCGUGUUCUGGGACUCACCACUCAACACGCAGCGCUCCAAGACUAUCUAUUUCGAGCUAAAAGUUAUUGGCAUAGGUCGUGGUGGUAUCUCCUUCUCAGAAGCAGACGCUGGCAUUGCCAUAGGCUUUGUCGCACCACCGUAUCCCACCUUUCGUCUUCCAGGUUGGGAGCGUGCCAGUCUUGGUGUGCAUGGUGAUGACGGAAGGAAGUAUGUCAACGAUGCAUGGGGCGGCAUCGACUUCACCUCAGCUUUCAAGCCUGGUGAUACUGUGGGUAUCGGGAUAACCUUCUCAGUUCCCCGGAACCCACCCUCAUAUGAAGAGUCGCAGCAGGGAAGGAUGUUGGAUAUUGAUGUUUUCUUCACGCGCAAUGGAGUGAAGGAAGGCGGCUGGGAUGGCAACGAGGAGCUCGACGUGAGGAGCGAGGGAGGUAACACUGGGCUGAGAGGAGAGUCUGAUCUCUUCCCGGCAAUCGGUGUGUUUGGUGGUGUAGAUUUCGACGUCUUCUUUCAUCCAUCGCAGUGGCUCUAUCGCCCGUAUUGAGACUGCCUGGGCGUUUACUAUCCACUCGAGGUAAAGUCGUAUAUUCCUAGAGUGAGGUAAAGUCCCUUGACCUUGUCCUACACGCUUUACAACUCAUGCUAGUUCUAUUUAUUUUCUCCUAUCCUACUUAUUGACUCUGCGAUGACCUUCAUCAUAUCUUGAUUCGAGCUACUUUUUUUAUU